AGCAAUUGUAUGAUUGGGGUAAUAUAGUGUGUAUACAUAAAAAAAAAGUACUGCCUAAUAGAUAAAUAAUCUAUAUAUGGAGUGAUAUCUAAUAAGGAUGCUACAAAAAGGAAAUUAAAGACAAAAAAAGAUAAGGUUACAAAAAAGACAAAAGAUAAAAAAAAAAUGUGGUAGGUAGAACAUAAACCGAAAGGUGGCAGUCGUGGACCAGAAAGGGUUUCAUUUAUAAGGUUGUUGUUGUGUUUGUCUAUCGAUACUCAGAACUCUAAGGGUUUCAUUUAUAAGGUUGCUGUUGUGUUUGUCUAUCGGUACUCAGAAUUCUAAGGGUUUCUUUUCUUUUUCGUGUGCAAUGUCCACCAUGAUGAAAAAACGGAAGAGGCACGUCUCCAAGGAAGAUGUUGCCCUAACCAUAUCUUCUUCAUUGGGUGAAUAUGGAGAGAACUCGGGUACGUUGCCAAUGGAUCUCAUGGUUGAAAUACUCUCCAGAGUGCCAGCGAAAUCGGCCGCGAAGUUUCAUUGCGUGUCAAAGAAUUGGAAUUCUCUUCUCCGCAGUUCAUAUUUCACCAACCUGUACCUUACGAGGUCUCCUACUCGGCCACGUCUCCUAAUCACUUUUCAAGCUGAGGGUAAGUGGUCUUUCUUCUCAUCACCCGAGUACCUGAUUUCAGACCAGAACUCAAAUCUUGUAGUUGUUGAUAAUCAUAUGGAUGUCCCUAAAGAUUACUCGUUUGGAGUUUGUGAACCUGUAUGUGGAUUGUUGUGUACUAGAGAUGAGUGGGUUUUAAGUAGAAAGAAGGAUGCAAGGAUGAUGAUAUGUAACCCUAGCACAAGACAAUUCCAAUCUUUACCCAAAGUGAGAUCGAGAAGGAAUAAGGUUAUAACCUACAUCGGGUAUGAUCCAAUCGAAAAAGAGUAUAAGGUAUUGUGCAUGACAAUUUGUGAAAGGCCAUAUAUGUUCAAAGCUGAAGAGCAUCAAGUUCUUACACUAGGAACGGGUAAAUUGAAAUGGAGAAUGCUUAAAUGUUUUGUCGAGCAUUUCCCUCAUCAUAAGGAGAUUUGCAUCAACGGGGUGUUGUAUUACUUAGCUGUGAAAGAUGAGACUAGAGAAGAUAUAAUAGUUUGCUUUCAUGUUAAGCAUGAGAAGUUCCAGUUUAUACUGAACAAAGCUCCGUUGUCAACUUUGAUAAAUUACAAUGGGAAAUUAGGAGGAAUCCGUCAUGGCUUUAUGGAAGGUGGAGUUGCAGGCUAUGAGUUGUGGGAUCUUGAUAUUGAAAAAGAGGAUUGGACAAGGCAUAUUCACAUAUUGCCGCCUAUGUGGAAGCAGGUAGUUGGGGAGACUAGAGUUUACGUUGUUGGGAUGAUCGGUACAAGUGAAAUUGUGUUUUCUCCAUUCGUGAAGUCUAACCCUUUCUACAUCUUUCACUUAAAUAUAGAGAGGAACUCUAUCACAAGAGUUGAAAUCCAAGGGACUGGACCUCUUGAAGGUCAACAAGUUUACACCUUUAUAAACCAUAUCGAGAAUGUGAAGCUUAUUAUGUAAGUUCUUAGUUUAAAUUUAAUAAAAAAACUUAAGAUAUCAGUGCUGUAAUCUUCCACCUCCUAAUCUUACAUAAGUACUAUAUCAUGGGCUCUUAAUUAUUCUUUAUUUUAUGAUCAUGUUGUUUUCCCAUUGUAUUUUAUAUUUACUUUAAUGUUCAAUUCAUUUUUGUCUGGUUAUUGUGUCCAUGCUCUUGUUUACAUUAACUACUCUUGGGAGAAAUAUUUGUUCUAAGUUUUAA